AAACGACAGCGUUGCACUCGUCACCAAAGUGUGAGGAAGAAAACAAUUAGAAGAGCGUUGUAGGAACAAAGAUCCACCAUCUCUCGCAUAGUAAUAGUUUUUGCAGAGCUCAUCAAAUCGAACCUCCAUUCCCGCUUUUCCCAAAUACGCCACUCUCUUUUUCUCUUAUAAACCGCACACGCAACCCUAAAAUCAUCAUCAUAUUAUUAUUGUAUUUUACACGAUUUUCACCGAUAAUCUUCCUUUUUUUUUUCCAUUUUCAAUGAUUCAUUUAUAGGUGAAACUUUUUAAAUUAAGUUGAAGCUCAACCAUUUGAAUAACCAUGAUCUGAUUCCUCGAUCCUACGCAUUCGUUAAGGUUUUGAGAUGGCAUGGUUUAAUGCGAAAAAUGCAUGGGGGAACUUCCCUGAUUUGGCGGGAGCCGUGAAUAAGCUUCAGGAGAGUGUGAAGAGUAUUGAGAAGAAUUUUGAUACUGCUCUUGGAUUUGAAGAAAAAGGGGAAUCUAGUAAUGAAGCUUCAGGAUCAUGGCCUAUACCUACUGACGGGAAAGCACUAUUUAAUCCUGUCUUGGCCCUUAUAGGGAACAAAAGUGAGGAAGAUAGUGAAGAAACAUCUGAAAACGUUGAAUCCUCUCAGCAAGAAUCUGAAACUAAGAGGUCAGUGGAAAAACCUGAGUCUCUGGAUCAUAUUCCUGUGGGUGAGGGAAAAGAAGUCUCUGAAGCUGAUAAAACAGAUGACGUGGAAGCUGAAGAAACCACGGUUCAAGAAGAAAAUAAAGUGCACGAGGACGAAGAAGAGGCUGACCAUACAGAGUCAGUAGAUAGAACAACUGCACAGGAUUUGGACCAUGGAAAGGAUGACCACCAGUUACCGGAGAUGCCUGUUGAAUUGCCUGAAUCCCCCGUUCAGAAGUCUGAGAAUUCAGAUUCCAUUAGCCAUCCUCAAGAGAAAGAAAUUGCUGAAGUGGGAAGCUUGGAAAGUCCAACGAUGAUGCAACCCAUAUUUUCUAAUCUUGGAGAUGAUGUAGUUGAGGGUAGUAUCAGUAAGCCCAGUGAGUCUCAUGGUACUAGUGAUGUGCAUGAGACUAAUGAAAUUGAGACAAAAGAGGAGAGUAAAGAAGAAGAGAGGGUACAAGCAGUGGAAAAUGUAGAGAUAAUUUCUUCUGUACAACCUGAGGCAUCAGACAAUACUGAGAAAAGAGACGAUACGGACACUUCUGUUCUACAUUCUGUGGCUUUUGAAGAAACCAACAGCACUGACCAAUCAUAUAAUGAACAACCACCCAGUGCUACUCCAAAUGAAUCUUCUGAGGUGGUAUCUGAUUUGGUUUCGCAUGACAAUGAAACAACUGUUAAAGAAAAUGAAAGGGACCAUCUUGCAAAUAAUAUUGAAACUGACAUAAAAGAGCAGCAUUUGAGUUCUGUAAAAAAUAUGUAUGACUCAAAUUCCAUAGUUGAGCUGGAGAGGGUGAAGAGGGAGAUGAAAAUGAUGGAGGCAGCAUUACAAGGUGCUGCUAGACAAGCACAGGCUAAAGCUGAUGAAAUAGCAAAAUUUAUGAAUGAGAACGAACAAUUGAAAGCUUUGGUUGAAGAUUUAAAGAGAAAAUCCAAUGAAGCUGAAGUUGAGUCUUUGCGAGAGGAAUACCAUCAGAGGGUUUCAAUUCUUGAGAGAAAGGUUUAUGCUCUCACCAAGGAAAGGGAUACGCUUCGCCGGGAGCAGAAUAAAAAAAGUGAUGCAGCUGCUCUGUUGAAGGAAAAGGAUGAAAUAAUUACUCAAGUUAUGGCAGAAGGUGAAGAGCUUUCCAAAAAGCAGGCUGCUCAAGAAUCUACAAUAAGGAAACUUAGGGCUCAGAUUAGAGAUCUUGAGGAGGAGAAAAAAGGUUUGACUACUAAACUUCAGGUAGAGGAGAAUAAGGUAGAAAGUAUCAAGAGAGACAAAACAGCUACAGAGAAGGUGUUGCAAGAAACAAUAGAAAAACAUCAAAAUGAACUUGCAGCACAGAAAGAGUAUUACACUAAUGCUUUGGCUGCUGCUAAGGAGGCUGAAGCAUUAGCAGAGGCUCGAGCAAACAAUGAAGCAAGAACUGAGCUAGAGAGUCGUCUAAGAGAAGCCGAGGAACGUGAAUCCAUGCUAGUCCAGACACUUGAAGAGUUGAGACAAACUCUAAGUAGAAAGGAACAGCAGGCUGUAUUCAAAGAAGACAUGCUUCACAGAGACAUUGAGGAUCUUCAAAAACGCUAUCAGGCAAGUGAAAGACGGUGUGAAGAACUGAUUACACAAGUUCCAGAAUCUACAAGGCCUCUUUUAAGGCAAAUUGAAGCCAUGCAGGAAACAAAUGCCAGAAGAGCUGAAGCUUGGGCUGCAGUUGAAAGAUCUCUCAAUUCUCGACUUCAGGAAGCUGAGGCUAAAGUUGCAACUGCCGAGGAAAGAGAGCGAUCUGUGAAUGACCGCUUAUCUCAAACCUUGUCUCGAAUUAAUGUUCUUGAGGCCCAGAUUUCAUGUCUUAGGGCAGAACAGACUCAAUUAAGUAAGACCCUUGAAAAGGAGAGACAAAGAGCAGCUGAAAGUAGGCAGGAAUAUCUUGCUGCAAAGGAGGAAGCUGACACUCAAGAAGGUCGUGCGAGACAGCUUGAGGAAGAGAUUAGAGACGUAAGACAGAAACACAAGCAAGAGUUGCAUGAGGCAUUGAUGCACAGGGAGCUUCUUCAGCAGGAAAUAGAAAAAGAAAAGGCUGCUCGAUCAGAUCUGGAGAGGACCGUUCGUGUUCAUUCUGUGCCAUCAUCAGAUCAAACUCCCAAAACAAAGCAUAAUUCUGCUUUUGAGAAUGGGAAUCUGUCCCGUAAAAUCUCUAGUGCAAGCUCCCUUGGAAGCAUGGAAGAAAGCUAUUUUCUUCAAGCAUCACUGGAUUCAUCUGACAGUUUUUCUGAACGGAGAAACCCAGGAGAACUAAGCAUGAGUCCUUACUAUAUGAAGAGCAUGACACCCAGUUCUUUUGAGGCUGCACUUCGUCAGAAGGAGGGUGAACUUGCUUCAUAUAUGUCGCGCUUGGCAUCACUGGAAUCUAUUCGUGAUUCUCUUGCUGAAGAGUUGGUCAAAAUGACAGCACAGUGUGAAAAGUUGCGUGGAGAGGCUGCUGUGCUCCCUGGCUUAAGAUCAGAACUAGAAGCAUUGAGGAGGAGGCACUCUGCUGCUUUGGAGUUGAUGGGGGAACGUGAUGAAGAGCUGGAGGAACUUCGUGCGGAUAUCGUUGAUUUAAAGGAAAUGUACAGAGAACAAGUCAACUUACUUGUCAAUAAGAUCCAGAUAAUGAGUUCAUCAAUGAGUAACACCUAAUAUAGCCGAAGAAGGGACUCGGGAACGGAAAGGUUAGUAGUGUCUAGCAACCAUUUUGUGAGGACCAUGUCUGUUAGCUGUGUAUGAUGUCAAUUUUCACAGUAACAGUACAUAGGAGAUUCGUGGCUUUAGUCUCUGGAGAAUGACUCCUUUCAGGUCUUCAAGGAGGAUUUAUAUUUUGUUUGUCUGAGCAACAUAUAUUGAUUGUCUCCAUUGCUAAAUAUGAUUUGUAUUAUGACUUGGGGAAUGUUGUAUAGUCCAUGAGAAUCUUCUUACUGAGAUAUAGGGAUUCUUUCGAGUGUGUGAUGAUACAAAUAAACAAAAUAUAUAUUUCCUUUGAACCUGUGACCAUGUUAAGUUUUCUUUCUUUUUCCUGGGACCCCUUUUUCCAUGCAAAUCCGUUAGAUAAAUAUUUGAUUUCUUUGUAAA